GUCAGCUGCAGGUCACAUGACUUGCUUGCCUGAUCUCACUGAGCAUGCUCAGACCCCUCAGUGUUGUCAGGCAAAAUACAAGGCAGCCGUAGCAGCAACAGCAGCAGCAGAGAUCUGCAAUAGAUAAACACACAGACUCACACACACACCAGUUGGAUUGCUCGCAGGCACACACCACACGCAUUGAGACACAGGCGCUGUAGACCUGGGGAAUAGUGGCUCUCGUUUCUCUAACAAAUCCUAUUUUAAUGGGUUAUUGUCAUCUGUAUUUUCAGUGGAAAACAGCCACGGAGAAAGAGAAAGGCAGGUGUGCCCUUUAAGAGGGGGUGCAGCUGAGGCAAGGACGGCGUCCGACUCUCCAUCCUCUGUGGAGGUUUUGCAGUUCUGAAGAGUGCGAGAAAGCGAGGUGGUCAGACGAAGCCCUCCGGAUUUCCGUUCUCGUUCCUUCCACCUGGAAAUACGCUGCAAUGGUCGGCAGUAUUCAAAGGUUUAAACCGGUCUGAUUGAGCCCUAUGAACAGCAGACCCAAUGGACAUCAAAGGCCAGUGUUGGACAGACGAGGAGUCGGACGGGGAGAACGAGUCGGAACAGUUCCUGUAUGGCAUUCAGUUGCUCNUCGAGGCAGUGAAAGACAUCUACACUGACAGUGCUGUCUCUGUGAGGGAGUAUGGAACCAUUGAUGACGUGGACAUCGAUCUUCACAUUAACAUCGGUUUCUUAGAUGAGGAGGUUGCGACAGCUUGGAAAGUUAUCAGAACAGAGCCCAUUAUUCUGAGACUGCGCUUUUCUCUUUCUCAGUACCUCGAUGGACCUGAGCCGUCAGUCGAGGUGUUCCAGCCCUCCAAUAAAGAAGGCUUCAGCCUCGGCCUGCAGCUCAAAAAGAUCCUGAGCACCUUCACCUCGCAGCAGUGGAAGCACCUCAGUAAUGAGUUCCUCAAGGCCCAGCAGGAGAAGAGGCACAGCUGGUUCAAAGCCGGGGGAACCAUCAAGAAGUUCCGCGCCGGGCUCAGCAUCUUCUCCCCCAUACCCAAGUCCCCAAGUUUUCCUCUGAUCCAAGACACCGUUUUGAAAGGGAAGCUGAGCGUCCCUGAGCUGAGGGUGACGCGCCUGAUGAACCGCUCCAUCUCGUGCACCAUGAAGAACCCCAAAGGGGAGCUCUUCAGCUACCCCCCCAACAGCCAGACUGUGGCUGUCCCGGCGGCCAGGGCCCCUGCGCAGAUUACCACGAGGCAGCUGAUUGAAUUGUUUUUCUCAUCCCAGGCGGGCGGCCACUGCAAGAACAUCCCUACCUUGGAGUAUGGCUUCUUAGUGCAGAUAAUGAAGUACUCAGAGCAGAGGAUCCCCACGCUCAACGAGUACUGCGUGGUGUGUGACGAGCAGCACGUCUUUCAGAAUGGAUCCAUGCUGAAGCCGGCUGUGUGCACCAGGGAGCUGUGUGUGUUCUCCUUCUACACUCUGGGUGUGAUGUCCGGAGCAGCAGAGGAGGUGGCAACAGGAGCAGAGGUGGUGGACCUUCUUGUGGCGAUGUGUCGAGCUGCACUUGAAUCCCCUCGUAAGAGUAUCAUCUUCGAGCCGUACCCAUCAGUCGUUGACCCCAAUGACCCCAAGACUCUUGCCUUCAACCCAAAGAAGAAGAAUUAUGAGAGACUGCAGAAAGCAUUGGACAGCGUCAUGUCCAUUCGUGAAAUGACACAGGGCUCAUAUCUAGAGAUCAAGAAACAGAUGGACAAACUGGACCCCUUGGCACAUCCCCUGCUACAGUGGAUUAUUUCCAGUAACCGGUCUCAUAUUGUCAAGCUGCCUCUGAGUAGGCAACUGAAAUUCAUGCACACCUCCCACCAGUUCCUGCUGCUCAGCAGCCCCCCGGCCAAGGAGGCUCGUUUCCGCACUGCCAAGAAGCUUUAUGGCAGCACCUUCGCCUUCCAUGGUUCCCAUAUAGAGAACUGGCACUCUGUUCUGAGAAAUGGACUAGUCAAUGCCUCGUAUACCAAACUGCAGCUGCAUGGGGCAGCGUAUGGAAAGGGCAUCUAUCUGAGCCCCAUCUCCAGCAUUUCUUUUGGAUACUCAGGGAUGGGGAAAGGACAGCACCGCAUGCCCACCAAAGAUGAACUGGUGCAGCGCUACAACCGCAUGAACACCAUCCCACAGAGCCGUCCAAUACAAUCGAGGUUUCUUCAGAGUCGGAAUCUGAACUGCAUCGCUCUGUGUGAAGUUAUCACGUCUAAGGAUUUGCAGAAACAUGGGAACAUCUGGGUGUGUCCAGUAUCCGACCACGUCUGUACACGCUUCUUUUUUGUGUAUGAGGAUGGCCAAGUAGGAGAUGCUAACAUCAACACCCAGGAGCCUAAGGUGCAGAAGGAGAUCAUGCGUGUGAUUGGGACCCAGAUCUACUCCAGCUAAUGGUGGUUGUCCAUACCUGUCUCUGGG